AUGUUUGCCAAAAUUGCCUAACAUUUUAAAUCAUUGACCAUGAAAAGUUAAAUCAUUUUAUUUAAUGUGAUUACUCUUGUUAUUGUACUUUCAAUAGUUUGGAUUAAUUACUAUGUCUAAACAGAAAUAUUUUCAGCAAUUUCAUCAAGCUCAUUAAUUCAGAUACUUUAAGUAUAAGAUUAAGAUUAGAUUGGCUUUAUAGCUUAAAAUGUUGCAAUAAUUAUAGAAUUAAAAUUUAUAACAGGUAUUAAUUUAGCUUAAUUCAUAUUAGUUCUCUAAUAAAUAGAACAAAUAAAGCAAUUUUAUAAUUUUUUUGAUAUUGAGAAGGAAAAUAUAGUAAAUAAUUAUAAAAUGAAUCCUUGCAUAUCUAUGAAAAAUUUUAUUUAGGUUAAGAAGGAGUUCUAGACCCCGAAAUUUUGUUAUUAAGCUAUUGGAGUUCCUGAUUAUAUUUCUAUACCAUAAGAUGAAAAAGAAGUUCUCCUUCUUCACGAAUUUAUUUCAUUUCUAAAUCACUAUAGCUUAGUUAUUAAUGUUCCAUUUACUGGAAAACUUCAAAUAGCAUCAAUUUCUUAAACAAAAUAUUUUGCUUAAUUCCCUUCAGGCUUAUUAUUUCCUUCUUACGAUAUCACAUAAAGAUUUUGGUAAACAGUUAAUAUUUAUUUGAAGGUAUUAAAAUCAUUUACUUAAAACAGAAGCUGAUUCAAAUACAGGUUUUGUUUUUUCACCUCUUAAUGAAGCCUUUGCUUCUCAAACUAAAGAAAUGUCAAUAACAAAUUCAAUAUAUAAGAAAGAUUAAAUGAUAGGAAUAAUUAAAGAGGGAUUAUUAGUAAAUAACUAAUUGAUACCUGCUGUUCCAUAUAAUGUUUUAUUAUUAGAUUAAGAGGGUUUAGUAGUAUAUUUUAACAUAGAGAAAUUGAUAAAUAAAACGGAUUAUUUUUAUAUAUAUGAUGAAAAUAUUACUGGUUUUAAUAAAACUGAUUGGGAAGAAAUGAUUUAAUUUUCAAAUUAAAGGGAAAGAGUAAUAUUGGUUUUAGAGAAUAAACUAUAGAAAGAGAAAGUAAAUAUUUAUUCUCUAGAAGUCUUAAAGAAUAAUUUCACUUUAAUUGUGUAAUUAUUAUUAUUUAUAAAAGAUAUACUAAUAUCACUACUAAAAUAGAUUCUCAGAAUAAAUCAGAAGCAAUAAGGGAGAAAUCUUUCUUUAAUUUUACAAUCUCACUUUUUGUCUAAAUUAUGUUAGGAUUUAUAGCUCUAAUUGUUUAGAUUAUAGUUAUAUUAGUUGUUUUUAGGCCUUUAAAAUAAUUUAAUUCAAUUAUUAAACAAUAUACAUUAUCUUAGGGGAAUAACAUUAAUAGUGAAAUAUUUAAAAUGAUAAAUAAAAAACCUUAAGAGUCAGAUGCUCUGUCUACUUUAUAAAAUAAAAUAUUAAGUUUUUCUUAAAUCUUAUCUGAAAGCUAAGGAAGAAAAUGUGAAAUGUGUAAAAUUUGGGAAGCCUUUUCGUACAAUUUAAAUGAUCCUGAAUUUGAUUUUGAUUUGUUUAAAAAUUAAUUUAAGUAUUUAGAAAAUGGAAAGCAAGAAUUGAAUAAAAAGAUGUUGAAAAUAAUAAAAUAAGGAAUUAAUUGA